AUGUUGCGAGCAAUAAUUCCUUUCAAAGUUCUCCGCCCAAGAAUAUUUCUUGCUUCUAAGAGGGGACCAUUGAUAGCGCUAAAAGUUUUGCGCCCACUUCAUUCUAGUCUGUUUCUCUUAGCGAAAUCCAAAAAGUCUAAAAAAGUCAAUAAACGAAAAGAUGGCCAAACUGACGAUGAGACUGUAACAACGGACGUACAGCCUACCAUUGACUUCGAUGCAUCAAAAUCUAAAUUCGAAAAUGUGCUUUCUAGAUUUAGCAAGAUAUCUAAUGAAGCUAAAAUGGGUAGAACAAAUCCAAGAAUAUUUGAUAACUUGAAGGUUGCGACACAUUCUGGGGAGACUCCAUUUCAUGACAUUGCUCAAACAUCAGUUAAAGGUCGAAACUUCAUGAUCACAGUUUACGACCCAGCGAACGUUAAUAGCAUAAUUAACUCAGUUUUGGCCUCCGAUUUAAACAUGAAUCCACAAGUUGACCCGUCGAACAAACAAACCUUGAAGGUGCCAUUACCUCCAUUAACCACUGAAAGCAAGCAGGAAAGUGUGAAAAGCUUAAAAUUGGUUUUUGAGAAGUUCAAAAAUGGCUCAGGAAAGGCUGGCGACUCGUUAGCAUCAAUUAGAGGUGAUGUGAGGGCCAAAUUUCAGAAGCAAGCUAAAAAGAAUAAGUCAUCAGAUGCAGAGUUGAAGGUUUUGAAUGAUUUUGACCUGAUGCAUAAGCAAUACGUAGAGAAACUCAGUAACGUUUUUAAAGCUGCGGAGCUGGCAAUUCUUAAAUAA